UUCCAUUCCUGAUGCAUGCUUUGGGGAGGACUCCUGCUUUGACCUUGCUGAUCUUCUUCGCUAUGUUGGUGCCUGAUUCAAGUUGUUCAGUUAAAGGACAGAAGCAGAUGACACAGGAUGGUUCAUUUCCUUUUUCAGACUGUAGUAUCUUCUGCGAUGCAGUGGAUGUCACCGUGGAGAUGGAGAUUAGCACUCCAGUGUCUGUACAGAUAGAUACAAAGGCUUGGCUCUACUGCCCUUCUAGUUCAUCACAAAAAACAGCACUUAUAAUAUGGAAAAUAACCCCCAGAAGCUGGCCUUCCUGCAGACUUCCCUACAGAGCAGAAUUGCAGCAGAUCAGUGAAAAAAUCUGUACUGACCGAAAAAACACCCAGGCCUCCCUGCUUCAGCAGAAUUCUGAUCUUCAGAUCAGCGGAGAGGCCCGUGAGCAGGAUGGACAUUAUUCAUGUCAGAUAGCAACAACUGACGGGAUUUUCCAAACGAGACAUGUCCAAGUGCUGGUCUCCUCUGAAGUAAGCGGCUUUCCAGGGAAAAAUAGAACUGCAGUCUGUGAGACAAUUGCAGGCAAGCCUGCUGUGCAGAUCUUUUGGAUUCCGGAUGGGGAUUGUGUCACUAAGGAUGAAUCACACAGCAAUGGCACCGUGUCUGUCAGGAGCACAUGUCGCUGGAGUCAAGACAAUGGCCAAGAUGUGUUUUGCUUUGUCUCCCAUUUGACUGGCAACCAAACUCUCUCCAUAAAACAGAAUCAAGUAUUUAAAGGUACAACCAUCACCCUGCCUUCCUUGCUGAUCAUUCUCUAUGUGAAACUGGCCAUAAUUCUUCUCAUCAUAGGAUUUGCUUUCUUCCAGAAAAGAAACUAUUUCAGGUAG